UCCUCAAAGAGAAACCCAGAAUAAAUAUCUUACAUAUGUAAACAAACACAGGCACACGCAGCCUUGUUUGACUGGAUUUGAAAAGGUAGCUUAGUUUUUAACCUCUCUGAAAUAAAUACUUCUGCUCACGUUCAUUUUUUUUGGAAGAACUGCUUAGCUCCGCACUCUCUCUUUGCACCAACACAAAAGUGAUUCUCUGUUGUUUUUGUCAGUUUUGUCAUUGGUUAAUGAGCUCAAAGGUCCAUGGCUCUGUGUCUGUGUGGAUGGUGCCAGUUUACUGCCAGACUCCCACGUGCAUUAGUUGGACACAGAGAAAUUUCUAAUCUUUUCACCAUUGUGUCGUGUCUAUAAAAAUAAUCUGAAUUCUGCAGAAAAUUACUCUGCGGGAAAUUGUUUAAAGAGCAAAAUGAAGGAAGAUUCAGAAGAUUUCGAGGUACUUUUUCAAAGUUGUCUUCUGGAAUUAUUGCAUUUUCUCUCUGUUUUUUUCCAAGAAAUACUUCCGAUUUAAUGCAAUAUGUUUUACCAUUUAAAUGACAGACAGAUCUCGUCUGUUUCCAGGUCAGGCGUACAGAUCAGGUAGAUGGCGUAGGUGUGAGCUUUGGCAACAAAAAGUAUGAGAAGGCGACUAGCAAACGUUUGAACCCCAUGGACUGGAGUGGAGGAAGUGGAGCGUCUUCCAUCGUCCAUCCUCAUGCUAGCACCUCCUUACCUUCAGAAAACCAAGCUCUGGUAUUUGGACGGUCUUUUCCUCAAACACCUGUAGAGCACAGAUAUGAUCGAAGUCUGGAUGAUCCCACAGUGGAGGAUGACUGGAGCCAGGAGCCACUGUCAGACGCCAGAGAGUCAUUUAGUGAAGUAAACAUCCCCAGGCAGACGGUGGAGGAACUGAAGACCUUCCUGAGCUCCAGCCCCCGGGUGAAAUUCUGUGAACAAGAAGAUGGGAAACCGGAAAGUCCUUUUGUGAAAGUCCAUACUGGCCUUUACUACAGACAUGGAGGAGAUGGUUGUGGGGGAUUUGAUGGACAGCAGGAUGAGGUAAAGCAUCAUGGGAUGUUGACCACCUUCCAACCCAACUCUGACGCUUCCAGAACAGGGGCCCGGCCCCGAGGCCGCUCCUCUAUUCAUCAACCUUCCAACAUGGAUUCAUCCAGCUCAUUCAUGCCUGAUGAAAAGACUAUCAGGCAACAGCCACAAGUUAGCACUCACUCUAAUGUGAGUGGUAGAUCCUGGGGAGAGACCAGAGCUUCUCACACAGGAAAAGAAAACAAGACACAUAAGUUCUUCAGUGACCAAAUGUUCAUUGCUGCCAUGGAGCAGAUCAAGCAGCAGAUUGCCAGAGACAACACCGGCUUUGUCCGCUUUGAGGCCACCGACCUUCAUGGGGUGUCCAGGUCCAAGACUGUCCCUGUUCGCUUCUUCCAAGAGAAGUCGCUUCAUGGAGUUCCAAUGCCACGGAGUUACCUGGAGCUAACGCUGUGCCCCAGGAGUAAUGAAGUGGACCACGCUAACACAGCCAACUUCAACAGUGAUGUUCUGUUAAUACCUGACCUUUCGACUUUUAGGGCGCUUCCCUGGGCUGAGAAUACUGCUCGAGUUAUCUGCGACCCCUGCACAGUGACCGGGAGCCCCCUGUGUACCUCUCCUCGCCUCAUUACUAAGCAGCUCCUUGGUCAGCUCCAAAGUCUGGGCUUCUCACUGCACUCCUCCUUCACCUACGAGUGCUGUGUUAUUGGAGCACCAGACCGGAUCGGACUAAAAACGCUAAUGUUCCCCGCCACCACCCUGCUGGGUAGCCACGACCUGCCUUUCUUCCAGCAGCUCAUGGACAACAUGUACUGCAUGGGUGCAGACAUUGACAGCAUCUCCUCGGCCAGUGGGCCGGCCCAGAUGGAGAUCAGCCUUCGUCCAGAAUUUGGGAUCUCAGCUGCCGAUAGCGCCUUCACGUUCCGCACUGGUAUCAAGGAAAUGGCCCGUAAACAAGGCUACCUUGCUAGCUUUUUCACUGAAGAUGGCCUUUUCAACUCUGGAGUUUUGUCUCACUGCUUGUGGGACGCUACUGGGAAACGUAGUCUGUUCCAAAGUGGCGAAAAGGCCGACGAGCUCUCCGAGAUCGGACGUAGGUGGCUGGCAGGGCUGCUCAGCCACUCCGCUGCUCUGAGCUGCCUGAUGUCACCUAGCCUCGGCUGCCGAAGCCACAUCGCAAAGACCAUCAAAGACCCCAAAGCCACUCUGUACGCCACCUGUGGCAGCAAUGAUAACAGCAGCUCCUUCAACAUCAAGUGCCAUGGUGGUAGGGAGAUGCAAAUUGAAAACAAGCUAGGCUCAGCCUUGGCCAAUCCUUAUAUUGCACUGGCCGCCACAGUGGCUGCAGGACUGGAUGGUAUAAGACGGAACCUCAACGUAGACAGCAUUCGGAAAAAAGCCCCAGGUCAGCAAAGGGAGUUUGCCAUUCCUGUAAAACUAGAAGAUGCUCUGGAGGCGCUGGAGGGCGACCACGUGAUGUGCAGCAUGCUGGGAGAACCGUUUGUUCAGUAUUUCAUCGCCUUGAAAAAGUUUGAGAUUGAGACUCAAGAACUAGAUGAUGAGAGAAACAAGUCUCUGGAGUAUUUUAUCUAGAAAGCUGGUUCUAGACAUCGGAAUAAAAGUAUAAACAAAACAACUACCAACAUUUAGAAGUGUGUUUUCUGUUGCUAUUUUCUCCUGAACACCGAGACCAAACAAGAACUAGUAGGUCAUGAAAGUUAAUGUUUUAUUCAUUUCACCUUUUUAAAAAGCUUGUCCUGUGAAGGCGUGGCAUUUUAAACUCUAUUUACUUUAGACGGUUUCAUUCAGUUUGUCUAGUCACACCCACUCAAGAUCACACAAAUGUUUCUAAGGAAAUUGAUGGAAAUAUAGGUUU